AUGAUGUUCAGUCUAAGGGUUAUUCUAUGGCUAGCUCUGCAUCUCUUGCCAGAGGUGAAAAGCUCAAUGGUAAAAUUAUACAACAAUGGAUAUGAAGGCAUUGUCAUUGCAAUUAACCCCAAUGUAACAGAAGAUGAAAACCUCAUUCAGAACAUCCAGAAAAUGGUAACUGAAGCUUCAACCUACCUGUUUCAUGCCACCAAGCAAACAGUUUAUUUCAGAAAUGUAAGCAUUUUACUUCCAAUGACAUGGAAGUCAAAAUCUGAGUACUUACUGGCCAAACAAGAAUCAUACGAGCAGGCAGAUGUAAUAGUUGCUGAACCUUAUCAGAAAUAUGGAGAUGAUCCUUAUACACUACAAUAUGGACAAUGUGGAGAGAAGGGACAAUACAUACAUUUCACUCCAAAUUUCCUGUUGACUGACAACUUAGCUGUCUAUGGGCCCCGAGGCAGAGUAUUUGUGCAUGAGUGGGCCCAUCUCAGGUGGGGAGUAUUUGAUGAGUAUAACGUGGACCGGCCAUUCUACAUUUUCAAAAAGAAUACUAUUGAAGCAACAAGAUGUUCCACUAGUAUUACUGGCAGGAAUGUAUUCAAGGACUGCCAGGGAGGAAGCUGUGUAAUAAGGGAUUGUAGACGUGAUGCCCAGACAGGGUUGUAUGAGGCAAAAUGUACAUUUAUCCCAGACAAAUCCCAGACUGCAAAGGACUCCAUAAUGUUCAUGCAAAAUCUUGAUUCUGUAACUGAAUUUUGUACCAAAAAAACACACAAUGCAGAAGCUCCAAACCUACAAAACAAAAUGUGCAAUCACAGAAGCACAUGGGAAAUAAUCAAAGAAUCUGAUGAUUUUCAGAAUGCAUCUCCCAUCACAGGAAUAAAAGUGCCACCUCAUCCUACAUUUUCAUUGCUCAAGUCCAAACAGCGAGUGGUCUGCUUGGUGCUGGAUAAAUCUGGAAGCAUGAGUGCAGAAGACCGUCUUAUUCGGUUGAAUCAAGCAGCAGAACUAUACUUAAUUCAAAUCAUUGAAAGAGGAUCUCUAGUUGGGAUGGUUGUCUUUGACCAUAUUGCUGAAAUAAAAAAUAAUCUAAUAAGAAUAGGUGAAGAAAAUGCUUACCUAAACAUCACUAGAAACCUGCCACAAAAUGCUGAUGGUGGAACUUCAAUUUGCAAUGGACUCAAAGCAGGAUUCCAGGCAAUUACCUCCAGCAACCAGACUACUUCUGGUUCUGAAAUUGUGUUACUGACAGAUGGAGAAGAUAACAGCAUCAGCCAGUGCUUUGAGGAGGUUGAACAAAGUGGUGCAACCAUCCACACCAUUGCUCUGGGGCCUGCAGCUGCCAAAGAACUGGAAACCCUGUCAAAUAUGACAGGAGGGCAUCGUUUUUAUGCCAAUAAAGACAUAAAUGGCCUUAUUGAUGCAUUCAGCAGAAUUUCAUCAAGAAGUGGUAGCAUUUCUGAGCAGGCUAUUCAGUUGGAGAGCAAAUCCUUGAAUGUCUCAGGGAAGACAUGGGUCAAUGGCACAGUGUAUGUGGACAGCACCAUUGGAACUGACACAUACUUCGUUGUUACCUGGACAACACAAAAGCCACAAAUUAUUCUCCAAGAUCCAAAAGGAAAACAAUACAAUGCCUCAGAAUUCAAAGAACAUAAGCUAAAUAUUCGAUCUUCUCGUCUUCAAAUACCAGGCAUUGCAGAGACAGGUACUUGGACUUAUAACCUUUUAAAUAAUCAAAUCCGACCUCAGUUGCUAUCAGUGACAAUGACCACUCGAGCAAGAAGUCCUUCUGUACUUCCAAUAAUUGCAGUUGCUCACAUGAGUCAAAAUAUAGCACAAUACCCUAAUCCAGCAACGGUUUAUGCACGAGUCAGUCAAGGGUUUAUGCCUGUGCUGGGAGUUAAUGUUACAGCCAUGAUAGAGACUGAAGAUGGACAUCAAGUAACACUGGAACUCUGGGACAAUGGUUCAGGUGCUGAUACCAUCAAAAAUGAUGGCAUCUACUCCAGAUAUUUUACGGAAUACAAUGGAAAUGGUAGAUACAGUUUAAAAGUUCGUGUCCAGGCAAGAAAUUACACAGCUAAACAGAGGUUAAGACAAAAUAACAAGUCUCUAUAUGUACCUGGCUAUGUUGUAAAUGGUACCAUUGUACUGAACCCACCCAGACCUGAAGUUAAAGAAGACUUGGCAGAAGCUAAACUGGAAGGUUUCAGCAGAGUAACUUCAGGAGGGUCAUUCACUGUAUCAGGAGCUCCUUCUGCUGGUAACAGUGUGCCCAUGUUCCCACCUAAUAAAAUCACAGACCUGGAGGCUGAGGUUAAAGAAGAUCAUAUUCACCUUUCAUGGACUGCCCCAGGCAGUACCCUUGACAAAGGAAAAGCUGCCAACUACAUUAUAAGAAUAAGUAAAUGUUUCCAGGAGCUCCAACACAAUUUUGACAAUGCUGCUGUAGUAAAUACUUCUGGUCUGACACCUAAAGAGAGUGGCUCUAAAGAAACUUUUGGAUUUGAACCAGAACUUUUUAAAGUAGAAACUGGCACCAAGUUCUACAUUGCAAUCCGAACCAACAAUGAAGCUAAUCUCACCUCAGAAGUUUCUAACAUUGCAUCAGCAAUUAGGUCCAAUGUCCCACAAGAUUCCAGCAGUCCUGCUCUGGGUACCAAUAUUUCUGCAGUCAGUUUGGCUAUUUGGGGGUUGGUUGUGAUUUUGUCUGUAAUUUAA